AUGUUUCGCAGGUACGACCAGGUGACGGUACGCAGGUACGACCAUCCGACGGUACGCAGGUACGACCAUCCGACGGUACGCAGGUACGACCAGCCGACGGUACGCAGGUACGACCAUCCAACGUUACGCAGGUACGACCACCCGACGGUACGCAGGUACGACCACCCGACGGUACGCAGGUACGACCAGCCGACGGUACGCAGGUACGACCAGCCGACGGUACGCAGGUACGACCAUCCGACGGUACGCAGGUACGACCAUCCGACGGUACGCAGGUACGACCAACCGACGGUACGCAGGUACGACCAUCCGACGGUACGCAGGUACGACCAGCCGACGGUACGCAGGUACGACCAUCCGACGGUACGCAGGUACGACCAGCCGACGGUACGCAGGUACGACCAUCCGACGGUACGCAGGUACGACCAUCCGACGGUACGCAGGUACGACCAACCGACGGUAAGCAGGUACGACCAUCCGACGGUACGCAGGUACGACCAUCCGACGGUACGCAGGUACGACCACCCGACGGUACGCAGGUACGACCAGCCGACGGUACGCAGGUACGACCAUCCGACGGUACGCAGGUACGACCACCAGACGGUACGCAGGUACGACCAUCCGACGGUACGCAGGUACGACCACCCGACGGUACGCAGGUACGACCAGCCGACGGUACGCAGGUACGACCAGCCGACAGUACGCCGGUACGAAGCGAUGAAACAAAGUAUUCUAACAGGUGUACCAAGACCAGGUACCACCAAGGGCCCUGCAGAGCCUGAGCCGUGA